GAUAGAUUUUAUUUUUAAUCUGCAUUUUCUGAUUCAAUAUAAGGCUUUUGAGAAAUUGGAAGAAAGUAUUAAAGCUUUGACGGUACAAGGUAUUUUGGUUUUACUUAAAAAUUUGCACAUAGCAUUUGUGAUACGGUUUGAGAAUUCAUAACAUAGACCUGGUUUUUCUUGUCGUGGCUUUUGCGAGAGUGCUGUUUGCUGUGCUUACAGAUUUACAGAUUUACAGAUUCCCCAGUUUGGUGUGUGAGUGGUUUGAUUUGGGGGAUGGCAUUCUCACAUAUGCUGAAAUGCUCAGGAAGACGAGCUUUGCGUUGUUUUCUGUUAGCUGCUCCCAGGCUUCAUCGUAGCUAGGCAAAGCAUCCUUUGCUCUGAAGUUGAAUUGUGCUUGUGCUGGGCGUCAGACAGCAGAAAUGUGUUAAGCUCCUGAUGAUGAAACCUGUUGCAUCGCUAGUGGAAGCAGCUGGAGCCUCUGGCUUGUUAACUAGCAAUGAUUCAAGUCUUGCAGCUUGUAAAGGAGCUGGUGACACCGACCAGGCAGAAGGCAGCCACAGCGAAGGAAGAUUCCGACCAGGAUGUAGCACUCAAACUUGCUCAAGAACGAGCUGAAAUUGUUGCUAAAUAUGACAGAGGGCGGGAAGGUGCAGAGAUCGAGCCCUGGGAAGACGCUGAUUAUCUUGUUUACAAAGUCACCGAUAGAUUUGGCUUUUUACACGAGGAGGAGCUCCCGUACCAUAAUGCAGCUGCGGACCGGCAAAAGCAACUGGAAAUUGAAAGGACUUCCAAGUGGCUGAAAAUGCUGAAAAAAUGGGAGAGAUACAAGAACACCGAGAAGUUUCAUCGACGAAUUUACAAAGGAAUUCCACUCCAGCUCCGAGGUGAAGUCUGGGCCCUUCUUCUUGAGAUCCCUAAAAUGAAAGAAGAAACAAGAGACCUUUAUAGUAAAUUAAAACACAGAGCACGGGGUUGUUCACCUGAUAUCAGACAAAUAGACCUUGACGUGAACCGCACAUUCAGGGACCACAUUAUGUUUAGAGACAGAUACGGUGUUAAGCAACAGUCCUUAUUCCAUGUUCUCGCUGCUUAUUCUAUCUAUAAUACGGAAGUCGGGUACUGCCAAGGGAUGAGUCAGAUCACAGCCUUGCUCCUUAUGUACAUGAAUGAGGAAGACGCCUUCUGGGCCCUAGUCAAGCUCUUCUCAGGCCCCAAGCAUGCAAUGCACGGUUUUUUUGUCCAAGGUUUUCCUAAACUCUUGAGAUUUCAAGAACAUCAUGAGAAAAUUCUGAACAAAUUUUUGUCCAAACUUAAGCAGCACUUGGAUUCUCAAGAAAUCUACACAAGUUUUUACACAAUGAAAUGGUUUUUUCAGUGUUUCCUUGACCGAACUCCCUUCAGGCUGAACCUCAGGAUAUGGGACAUCUAUAUCUUUGAAGGAGAGCGAGUCCUUACUGCUAUGUCUUACACAAUCUUGAAACUACACAAAAAGCAUCUGAUGAAGUUGUCUAUGGAGGAACUUGUAGAAUUUCUUCAGGAGACUCUCGCCAAGGAUUUUUUCUUCGAGGAUGAUUUUGUAAUAGAGCAACUUCAGGUGUCUAUGGCAGAGCUAAAGCGGGCAAAGUUAGAUCUCCCAGAGCCUGGUAAGGAGGAUGAAUAUCCAAAGAAACCCUUGGGGCAGCUUCCACCUGAGUCUGCUUGUAUUAAUCACUUGAGCAAUGGACAAAGAAGUGUUGGCAGGCCCAGCCCCAAAACAAGCAGCAGGAGAGAAGAUGGAUCGCCUCGCAAGAACCAUGAGCACUCUCCUGUCCAUCACAGUAGAAAUGGCACACCAGAAAGAGCCGGGCAGUCACGGCGGAAGUCCGUGGAUGAGGGGAGUAAAAAUCUGAAGCAUGAGGCAGAGUCUCAGAGAAAACCUUCACCGGGUAUGCAGGACAGUUCCAGACACUAUAACCAUGCAGCUGCUAACCAAAAUAGCAAUGCAAUUUCAAACGUCAGGAAGGAAUUUAUGCCCAAGUGGAGAAAACCAUCAGAUGCCUCAGCUAUUGAAAGAACUACUAAAUAUGCCAUCGAAGGCAAAAGUCACUCAGCUCUUCCCGUCGCCAUCCCAGGUUCUGCUGAGACCCGAUUGUCAAACUCAAGGCAGAAGAUGAAGGCUUUGGAUGGGGGUGAAGGGAAGCGGGGUUCUAACGCUUCCCAGUAUGACAACGUGCCUGGGGGUGAGACUGAGCCUGGGGCAUCUGCGGAAGAGGGACCAGAGCGGACUCACCCUCACAGCCCAAGGAAGCAGCCCGAGCCAAGUCCCAGUCCGCCGAAAGUACCCAACAAGUUUACGUUUAAAGUGCAGCCUCCCAGCCAUGUACGAUACCCACCCCAGCUACCAGAGGAGGAUCACAGAGCUGCAUAUCCACCCUCCUACAGCAACCCCCCUGUCUACCAUGGAAAUUCUCCAAAACAUGUCCCUACUGCUCACAGUGGUUUUGUGUCCACACAGAUCAGCCCCAGACCUCAAAUUAACCCUUCCAGGAGACCUUACGGUUCCUCUCUUUCAGUUGACACUUCUCCAGAGAAAGCCUACAGCCGCCCAACUCCUGUUGUUCUGCCCUCUAGUCGAAUUGAAGUCCUUCCCAUUGACAUCGGUGCCAGGGGGUACGGCAGUUCGGGGUCACCAAAGAAUGGACAGUUCAUCCUUCCUCCAGUGGACUAUUUGCCAGAGAACAGAAAAUGGUCAGAAGUUAGUUACACAUACAGACCGGAGAUGCAUGGCCAAUCAUGGACUCAGGAUGCUCACCGUAGCCACAUAAGCAAUUUAUCAAACUAUGCAGCCUUUCAGCACAUACCGUUCCAGGCCCAUGGGCUUCCAGAAGUGUCUGUAGACAGUCCAGUGAGGUAUAAGAUGUCACCAGCUGUGGAAGAUGCCAGUCCUCAUGGGUAUCCAUAUGCAGGGCCCUCACCUUCGGCACAUCACUACAGAAAUGGAGAGGGACUUUCUGUGCAGGAAUCAGUAUUGCUGUGAGCGUGUGGCUGUAUUCACUGACAAGAGAAUAGAAACGAUAUGCCCACAUUGCUAUGUUUAUAAUUGCCAGAGCAGUAUUUUUUAUAUUGUAAACAGUGUGCACAGCUCAGUGUGUCAGUGAUGAGAGUAUGGGAAGGCUUCAUCCUCUGCAGAGGCUGCUGAAGAAGAGUGGGUCAGCUGCAUCCUGGCUGAACCUUUAAUAGGGGAACCUGGAAACACAGCAGUAGCAUUAGGGCUGCACACACAGUGAGGCUCUCUGUGCUGUUCCCUGCGUAGCUCCCCCAGACCCCGCUCUGUUCCGUUGCUGUUAGAGCAGGAGACUACUGACCACUAUAGAGCAGAUACUCUGAGGGCCGGCCCUCGCCUUUUCAUAGAUAGACGAGGCAACUGCAUAUAGGUUUUGUCUUUAAAACCACCUUUAAUCUAGAUACAUAGACUAACAGUGGAUUUUUUAACCCUUUAUCUUUCUGCCCACCCUGCCCAAACAUAUUUUAACCCAGGCUCUAAACUGAAACUGACUAGAGAUGAUUGGCCUUAUAGAAUGUCAUCCUCCUUCAGUUGCUGCCAUUUUAUCUCCUCCUGAAAGCUAAAGGCUACAGAGAAAGGCUCACCACUUGAUGGUGCCUAAAGUGGGUCAGUUACCCAAGUGAGCGGCUGCACAGUGCUCACUGAGUCCCCUCAUCUCCAACAGUCUUGGUGCUGCUGUGCCCUGGGCUCUGGUCUGGCCGGGUUCAAGGGACUGUCUGCAGCGUGAGCUGGAAGUCAGACCUUGCAGGGCCCCAGGCCGCAGAAGACUGCAUUUCACAGUCAUUGGAAAGCAGCUCUAACCAUAAGGAAGGCUGCUUCUCACCCUGCUUCCCCUUCUCACAGGCUUUCUCUGGCACUCGGUCUUCACAGAGCACAGUGGAUGGAUACCGCUACACUUACUGGGCCAUUCCAUUAUCCCGGUCAAAAUUGUGAAAAAUACCCUAAUGAUUAAUAAGGACCUAGAAUUUUGAUCUUUGAAAAAAAAAAAAAAAAAGGGAAAAAAAUGUAGUUUGUUUCAUACUUUUGGAAUUUUUUUUCAGUGAAAAAUAACUGAAGUUCAUGGUUUUUAAAAGAUGUGAUGAUUCCUUUUAUGCUAUCACACACUACUGUCACCAAGACACUGACAGAGUGCUGGGUUCUCCAAGAGCGAUGGCGGCUCUGUGUAGAUGCUCACCCACCGUUGUUACCUUCUUGUAUCUGAAUAUCAGAAACUAGAAAGUCCAACAGUGACACUGUCCCUGCUCCAAGGUGGAGACUUAAGUUUGUGAGGUACAAGAAUAUGUCUUCAUGAAAGUAACAUUGUUUAUCUAGCAAACGUGACAAUAUUUUUAUGUAUAUAAUGAUUCUAAUCUAAGUUAAUUAACGUGGUAAUGAUGUUAUUAAGUGUGGAAGCAAAUGCAGUAUAUUAAAGGCGAACACCACACUGAAACUCCCAACUCCUGACAGAAUAACCAGGCUCUUGAUUUAGAUCAUGUGGAAGGUGAGAUAUAAAUGUAUAUAGACAUGUAGCUGAGGAUAUUAAUUUCAGUCUUAAAGUGUGACUUGUAAGGAGCCAAGCUGUACAGUUUAGUUCAUGAUGGCAGCUCUCUGCCUCUUCAGAAAGUAUAUAUCAUAGUGGUAAAUUAUGUAGAUUAUAUAUAUAUAUAUAUAUGCUAUAUAUGGACACACUAUUUUCUUAUGUCAUCUAUGGCAUUUUUUUAUCUGUAUACUUUUUGAUGUGGUUGAUUGUUUUUAACAUGCUAAAAGUAAUCCAUGUAUUUUGUUCUGUGUCUUCUGUGUGCAGCUUCCCCGUGGCAAGUGCUGUGUCCUGGCCUUGCAGGGCCUGGCAGAUGUGCCAGGUGCUCACCAGCAGCGUUUACCCACGCUGCGCUUCUCUGCUUGCAUUUUCAGGGAGACCGUGUUUUGAACUGCAUCACUUUUCCUUGGCUUAAGCAUUCGUUACUAAUGGCAGGAAAGUCUUCCCCUCUAUAAGAUAUAUAUCUCUGUUAGCUUCAAGUAGGAAAUUUUAAUUUAAAAUUAUUUUGCCACUAUACAAUUUUAUUUUAAAUUUAUUUUUAAAUAAAAGAAAUGAUAAGAGAAAUAAUAUUGACAAAGUGAUUCAAAAUCUAUUUAUAGAAAGGCUUGUUGGGGACAUUCCAGGCAGAUGAGCAGCCAUGCCCCAUAACAGCGUGCCCACAGUGGCUGGGCCAUGGCUCAGGCUUCCCUCAUGGUCACUUUGCCCAUUACGUCAGAAGUAAGUGUCUGGGUGUGGUAGUGUAAGUUUCUUAAGGAAUUGUCCUGCUGACCUGUACUUAACUAAUGAACUUAAGGGUUUGGGUUUUUUUUUCUUUUGUUUGUUUGUUUGUUUUGUUUUUAAUUAUCAAGUCUCACCCCAGACCACUUAAAUCCUAUCUUGGGUAAAACGCAGGUAUUAGAGAAGCGUGUUCCCCUUGUGUCUCUUAAUACUGUCAUCUUGAAACUCUCACUAGGAAAAAUGCCAAAGUUGUCUUCUGUUUCUAUUGUGGGAUGUUUAAAAAUGGUUUGUUGUUGUUUUGGUUUCUGAAGACAGUCUUGCUAUAUAUCCCAGUCUGACCUUACUGUGUUUUUGAGGCUAACCUAGAAAUUGAGGNGGGAAAAAAAAAAAAAAAGGCCGGGCGGUGGUGGCGCACGCCUUUAAUCCCAGCACUUGGGAGGCAGAGGCAGACGGAUUUCUAAGUUCGAGGCCAGCCUGGUCUACCUCUGAGGCUCCCUCAGCCUCAGAGGACUGAGAUAUGUGCCCCUCCCAUCUCGCUCAGCACAGGGUUUUUGUAGUAUGAGUUUUGAUUGUCUUGUUCUCAGUGCUGGAGAUUGAACACAAACACUACUGGUGAACUAGUGUUUAAAAUUCUUUGUAGGUCAGAAGUUUGGGAACUCAAAAGUGACGUCAGGAAAGUUAGGAAAAAGUCCACUGGCAACAUUAUCAGCUAUCCUCAUUUCGAGAUAUCUGCUAGUCACAGCUGAAUAGCUUUGAGGAAGGAGGUGUGGUCCCCUCACACCCAGACACCCAGACACUUACACCACUCCUGCAAAGUAGAUAGAGCCUUCAGAUUGCCAUUACCCACUGUGGUCUGCUUUUCAGCCCAGCUAUUUGAGCUCUCAGCAGUGAGAAGACCCCGCCCUGCCUUCAUUAGAGCUAUCAAUACUGAGUGGCUAGAACUCCAGGGACUGUGUGGUUUGGUCUGUUUUCUUACUGGAAUGCCUUCUCCAGAACUGUUGCGGUUUUAUUCUCUGUCAUCAGGGCUGUUUUCUACAGACCCUGAGCCUCAAAACCUGUUCUACCAUUGAAGGAGAGGAAGAUUGAAGUUGGCUUACGUUUCUACAGUGUUAGGGGUGUAGGAGAAUUGGGGCCAACAGCCCAUCAAAAGAUUUCGUGAGUCAGUUUAGUUUAGUGUCAGAGCAGCUUGUGUGUGGGACUUGAGGAUUGGGGAUUGACAGGUUUCAUCAUCUGAUAGACAUUUGGUUAUCCAGAGAGAAUUGGUAAUUUGCCAGCAUAAGGGACCCAAAGCCACCAGUGAGUACAUGCCCCAGAGAUGGUGGCCAAGCAGAGCAGUCACCCACAAGGCAGAGUUACUGGUGAGAAAGGGCAUCUGUCAGUCAGGUUGUGUGGGCUGGAGGCUGGCAGGUCUGCAUGGUAGGCUGAGUUUGCUGUCCAAUAGCUGUGUGACUUUGGGCAAGUCCUGGUCACCUUCCUGGCCUCACUGUCCUUAGCUAGAACUGGGCAUUUGAGGUACAGGCAGAAGAGGAGACAAUCAUGGUCUGAUUAGUUGAGUGACAGGAGUUAACAGUGAUAGUGGUUCGAGCUUUGUGUCUGUGUCUCUUGUCUUCAUGGAGAUUCCAUUCUGACCCACUUCCUUGUGUCUAAAUUGAAGGUGGGUUUUGUUGUUGUUGUUUUGGUUUGGCUUUGGUGUUGGCUUUGUUGUUGUUUGGUUGGUUUUUGAUUGUUGCAUUUUUCCUGUUUCUUAGGAUUGAGUUGAUCGGUUUGACAUGUUUGGUUCAGUGUCAUGCAGUGAUACAUGUUCUCUGUAAUUACAUGUCACCACACCAGGCUUUAGUGGCCAGGAGGGAUUUGACCUUGUUCCCAAGGGGUUGAGGGUCUGGCGAGCAGCCCAGGGGCAAAGGCAGUCAACUUGCAUGUGAUACAAGACAGGACAGGCAGAGCUGGUGUGACUUGAGGUGGCGCCAGCCUCUCAGACAUGGUGGCUGGGUUGGUAGUAUACAGUGCAGCAGAGCUGCCCUCAGAUGUGGGACUGCAGAGUCUGUUUGGAUUUGAUACGGGGAGUGCUUGCUGACCUCCUGUCUCCCUAGAGCACAAACAGGAGGGAGCAGGCCCCUUGAUGGUUUGGAUGGGAUGAGAUGGACAGUUACUGUAAUGAAGGACAAGGGGAACCAGGGACGGGGAGGAGGCAUAGUCUGUGGUGACAGGCAAUGCUAAGGAGGGAUCGAUUUGCCUGCCGGGUUCUUGAGGCUCUACAGGUUGCCAAGUCUUGUACUCAGAAGUAUUAAACACUGAUUAUUAAACCUUC